AUGGCGGAGACGGAGAGCCGUGCCAGCUUCUGGACUCGAGCGAAUGCUCUGCUCAGAAAGAGCUUAACUUUCCAGAAACGAAAUAUAAAACAGAAUGUUAGGCUAGUUUCAGUCCCAAUUCUUCUCUGUACAUUGCUGCUUCUCAUCCAAAUUUUGGUCAACAUUGAACUCGACAAGCCUGAAAAUAGGUGUGGCUGUGUUUGCAUUGAUACUAAUGGAGACGGCGUGUGUGAGAAAGUUUGUGGAUUAAAGUACUCAACUUUGGAUCAAGCGGCCACUUGUCCCAUUCCUCAUCCUCCAGAAUGGCUGCCAUUGCUUCAAAUCCCAAAUCCUGACUUUCGCGCGGUGAUAUCUGAUGUUGUUCCAUACAAGGACUUGCCGAGCGAAUCAUGCAAGAGGACAGGAUCUUGUCCUGUAACCAUAUUGUUCACUGGGAAUAAUCAUUCUCUUGGUGAAGUUGUGGCUCGGAAUAUGUUCACAAUUCCUUUUACUUUGAAUUCCUCUGAUAAUCCGGAUAGUUUAGCCAGUAGUGUCUUAGGCUCAGAAUCAUUGCCUGAAUAUUCCAAUUUCCUGGAUCCUGCCUUCUAUUCGGGUCUUCCGAUGUAUAACGUGCAAAGCAAAUGCUCAGAAAACUCUGUGUUUUCUAUUCCCAUUAAUAUUUCAUCCAUUGAAAUACAACAAGAGGUGAGAUGUGUUCAAGGUUUGCAUGUGUGGCGCAAUAGCUCUUCUGAGGUAAACAAUGAGCUAUAUAAAGGUUACAGAUAUGGGAAUUCAGAAAGGAAGAUUAAUGAACUACUUUCAGCUUAUGACUUCUCUAACUCGAAUAGGAACAACUUUAAUGUAAGCAUAUGGUAUAAUUCAACCUUUAAGAAUGACACAGGCAAUGGUCCUAUUGCUUUGCUGCGGAUUCCACGCUCAGUAAAUUUGGUAUCCAAUGCGUAUCUUCAGUUUUUGCUAGGAUAUGGUACAAACAUUUUGCUUGAGUUUGUCAAAGAAAUGCCCAAGCCUGAAACCAGUCUCAGGCUGGACUUUUCUUCUCUUAUUGGUACACUCUUCUACACAUGGGUCAUUUUACAGCUAUUCCCGGUGGUGUUGACAUCACUGGUUUAUGAGAAAGAACAAAAAUUGAGAAUCAUGAUGAAAAUGCAUGGACUUGGUGAUGGACCUUAUUGGAUGAUUUCAUAUAUAUAUUUUCUCACAGUAUCUUCAAUCUACAUGUUAUGUUUUGUUAUAUUUGGCUCACUUAUAGGAUUAAAAUUCUUCACACUGAAUGACUACAGCAUCCAAUUUGUCUUUUACUUCAUCUAUAUCAACUUGCAAGUAUCAACGGCUUUUCUAGUAUCUACUAUGUUUUCAAACGUGAAGACUUCUGCAGUCAUAGGUUAUAUAUGUGUCUUUGGAACUGGGCUUUUGGGAGCCUCUCUUUUUCAGUUCUUCCUCCAAACUUCGUCAUUCCCUAGAGGUUGGAUCACUGUUCUAGAGCUAUAUCCUGGCUUCUCUUUAUAUCGGGGGUUAUAUGAGUUUGCUCAGUAUUCCUUUAAUGGGAAUUAUAUGGGAACUGAUGGGAUGCGGUGGCGAGAUUUGAGUGAUAGAGAGAAUGGGAUGAAAGAGGUCUGGAUUAUCAUGGCUGUUGAGUGGUUUGUGGUACUCUUUCUUGCAUACUACCUAGAUCAAGCUGUAUCAUCAUCAGGAAGUGUGAGACAUCCCUUAGUUUUCUUUCAAAGAGGAAGGAAGAAACUGUCAUCUCGUAGGAUGCCUAGUUUGCAAAGACAGGACUCUAAAGUGAUUUUGCAGAUGGACAAACCUGAUGUUGGGCAAGAGAUGGAGAAGGUCAACAAUUUGCUUCUGGAACCGGGUACAAGUCAUGCAAUUAUUUGCAACAACCUCAAAAAGGUUUAUCCUGGAAGAGAUGGAAACCCUGAGAAAUUUGCCGUGAGAGGGAUGUCUCUUGCUUUGUCUCGAGGGGAGUGCUUUGGUAUGCUUGGCCCUAAUGGGGCUGGGAAGACCUCUUUUAUUAAUAUGAUGAUUGGUCUGACGAAGUCAACCUCUGGCACGGCUUUUGUUCAAGGUUUGGACAUCAACACUCAGAUGGAUAAAAUAUAUACCAGCAUGGGAGUUUGCCCACAGCAUGACCUACUAUGGGAAACCCUGACUGGAAGGGAGCAUCUACUUUUUUAUGGAAGACUUAAGAACCUCAAAGGUUCUGGAUUAAGAGAAGCAGUAGAGGAAUCUUUGAAGAGUGUCAAUCUAUUUCAUGGUGGGGUUGCAGACAAAGUAGCUGGAAAGUAUAGUGGAGGUAUGAAAAGAAGGCUCAGCGUCGCAAUUUCACUGAUAGGCGAUCCUAAAGUUGUUUACAUGGAUGAGCCCAGCACCGGACUUGAUCCAGCUUCAAGACAUAAUUUAUGGAAUGUUGUGAAGCGGGCAAAACAAGAUCGUGCAAUCAUCCUAACAACGCACUCCAUGGAAGAGGCAGAAGUUCUAUGUGAUCGUUUAGGAGUUUUCGUAGAUGGUAGCUUGCAGUGCAUAGGAAACCCAAAAGAGCUGAAAGCUAGAUAUGGAGGAUCUUAUGUGUUUACAAUGACGACAUCUUCAAAUCACGAGGAAGAGGUGGAGAACAUAGUGCGGAGUCUCUCCCCAAAUGCUAAUAAGAUAUACCAUCUCUCCGGAACCCAGAAGUUUGAGUUGCCAAAACAAGAAGUCUACAUUGCAGAUGUAUUCCAAGCCGUGGAGAAUGCAAAGAGCAAGUUCACAGUUUUCGCAUGGGGUCUAGCUGACACUACCUUGGAGGAUGUUUUCAUCAAGGUCGCACUUGGGGCUCAAGCGUCCAAUGUCUUAGAAUAAUUGCCAUAAUUUAGUGAGCGCCUACCUCAUAUAUUUUCUAUGUCAAUAAUCUAUCUUAUAUCUGGAACUAUACAUAACUAUACAUCUCUAUUCCUUCUAUAGCUGAUAUAAAAUAGGUAUGUACUCGUUGUAAAGAAUCUCUCCUAUUGUUAUAUAGAACAAGUCAAAGAAGCAUUCAUAGUACCUUGUUUUUGUUAUGUUCAUCAAGGAAGUCUUCAUCAAGGGAAGCUGACACGUAAUAAGGUUUCAGAU